AGGGGAGGCUGGCAUUCCCUGGAGCUCUCACUGCCUAGCCUAUAAAGCCAGCACAGGCAGCAGCUCCAAGGGGACAAACAGAGCUUGAGCUUUGUCUCUCAUGUGAGCACCAUUCGGAGCUUGGCUUUUCUGGCCUUGGUGCCAGAGCUGGGGAAAGAUGCAGCUCUCUCUGGGAAGCGUUUUCCUUUCCCUUUGGGAAAAAGCCCCCCUGGAGACCCUCCUUCUCCUCUCUGCCUUCCUCCUGAUCCUGGCACAGUAUCUGCAGAGGAUGCGGCAUCUCAACUACCCUCCUGGCCCUCCUGGGCUGCCUGUAUUGGGUAACUUCUUACAGGUGGACUUUAAAAACCCCCAAAUUUCCAUGCAAAAGCUUGCCAAGAAAUAUGGAAAUAUUUUCUGCACCCAUGGGGGCAACCUUACCUUUAUGAUGAUAACUGGAUUGCCGCUGAUCAAGGAGGUCCUGAUCAACCAAGACCAGGUGUUUAUCGAUCGUCCCCAAUUUCCUAUCCACUUAUAUGUCUUUAAAACACUUGGCUUAGUAAUGUCUAGUGGCCAAGAGUGGAGACAGCAAAGAAGAUUUGCCCUAAUGACACUAAGAAACUUUGGUUUGGGAAAGAAGACCCUGGAAGACCGGAUCCGGGAGGAGGCCAGGUAUCUCACUGAGGCUAUAAGGGAAGAAAAAGGACAGCCCUUUGACCCCCACUUUCAGAUCAACAAUGCGGUUUCUAACAUCAUCUGCUCCAUUACUUUUGGACAUCGCUUUGACUAUCAUGAUUCUCAGUUUCGGCAGCUGUUGAAGAGUUUGGAUGAUGUCAUGGUGCUUGAAGCCAGAUGGGAGUGUCAGCUCUUCAAUAUGUUUCCUUCGAUAAUGAAAUUCCUGCCAGGACCUCAUCAGAAAUACUUUAGAGAAUGGAGGAAGCUAGGGUCUUUUGUAAAAGGUGUGAUCAAACAACAUAAGGAAGACCUAAACCCAGAGGAGACCCGGGACUUUAUUGAUGCUUACCUGAAGGAGCUGUCCAAGGAUAACAUCCAUUCUAGUUUUACUGAAGAAAACUUGGUUGUCUGCACCCUUGACCUCUUUUUAGCUGGAACAGAGACAACAUCAACCACCCUGAGGUGGGCACUGCUGUAUAUGGCCGUUUAUCCAGAGUUCCAAGGCAAAAUACAAGCUGAAAUUGACAGGGUGAUUGGCCAAUCGAGGCAGCCCACCAUGGCGGAUAAAGAGAAUAUGCCCUAUACUAAUGCAGCCAUUCAUGAAGUUCAGAGAAUGGGUAAUAUUCUUCCUUUCAAUGUGCCCAGGAUUUCCGCAUUUGAUACCACAGUGGCUGGAUACCACGUGCCAAAGGGGACCAUACUGAUGACCAACUUGACUGCCUUGCACAGGGACCCCGAUGAGUGGGCUACCCCAGAAACCUUCAACCCAGAACAUUUUCUGGAGAAUGGACAAUUUAAGAAGAGAGAAGCCUUUCUGCCUUUCUCAACAGGAAAGAGGGUCUGCCUGGGAGAACAGCUGGCUCGGGCUGAGCUCUUCCUCUUCUUCACCUCCCUGCUCCAGAAAUUCACAUUCCAGGCUCCCCCAAACACCCAGCUGAGCCUGGACAUCCGAUAUGGCUUAACCCUCUCUCCUGUCUCCUACCAAAUCUGCGCCCUUCCUCGAGUGAUGUAGGCCAAACUAGGCCAGUAGGGUGGUCCUCCAGUAGUAGUAAUAGUAGUAGUAGCGGUAGUAGUAGUAGUAGUGGUGAUAGUAGUAGCAGCAGCAGCAGUAGUAGUAGUAUAUGACACAGGGAAGGACAUGAAACUAUCCACAUCCUCCAAUGUCACCCAAUGUGUCCUUUGCAACUUGCACGUGGAAAGGGAGAGAAGUCAAGGAGGGGAAAAGAGAGACAAAGGGAGGGUAUCUGUGGCCCAAUUUGAAGCUUCCUGCUCUGAAAGAGGAGAGGCAUUAAAUUCCAUCAAAAGGAAAGCACAAGGAAUCCUUAUUAGACAAAGGACCUAGACUCCAAGGACCUGGAUUCAAAUCCCAGCCCUGCCAUUUACUGGCUGGGUGACCUUGGGGAAGUCACUUGAACUUCUGCCUCAGUUUCCACAUCCAAAAUGAGGAGGAGGUUCUCUAAGGUCCUCUCUACCUCUAAAUCUAAAACCUUAUGAUGCUAUAAAGAGAGAACCAAUGCUUUUCCUCCCCUGCCUCAAGCAGUGGGGCCAGUUAUUUUUAGCUAAUUAUUUGUUUCUCUACUGAUUUUAUAACUCAUAUAAUGGAUGUGAUUUUAAGGGAGGAUUUCUAGAGUUUUUACACGGUUACAGGAGGCAUCCACAGGUUGUUGAGGCCAAUCCUUAGGGAUCCUUUUGAUCAUAAAUUCCUUGUGGGAAGAGGUUGUUUUCUUUGUUUUUGGAUCUACAGCAUCCGGCUCAGUGCCUGACAUGGAGAAAAAACCCAAUAAAUAUUGCUGAUUAUUUCAUCUCUAAACCACUCACUUUCAAAUUAUUUCCUUUGAUCUUCACAGUGUAAAAUAUUAAUCCAUCAGCUCUUGAGUUGGGGUCCUCAUUCCUAUUAACAGCUUUGUUAAAGAUGGUAAAUCAUAAUCACUUCACUAUUAAUCAUAGUCACUAAUAUAGUCAACUAAUAUAAUGACACAUAAAUAUAUAAUUAAUUAAAUAUAGCUGCUAGGAAUGCCUACACCUUGAGCAUCGCUAAUCGGUUAAAGUUCCCUCUUCCUGUAAAGUUUCCCUGUUCCGUUCAGAGAUGCUUACACAAGGUAGAUUUUCAUGCUGAUAAAGGAAACUUUUAUAAUACCCCAGCCAAUCAGAAAGCUGUAAAGGCCCAUGUGAAUCAAUGUGACCAGUGUUCCUCAUUUAUCGUUUAUGUGCCUCUUUCUAAUGUUCCUCCAUUAUACCUAGAAAAAUGCUAUGAGUUCACAAUGAGGUCCUUGUACCAAACCAGGUGGUCUCAGACCCAUUUUAUUAACAAAUUGCUAGCCACUGCUAAUAAACCAAUUGUGCCUGGAA